AUUAACUGCCUUCAUAGAUGGUGGUCGUGACUUAGAAGAGUACCUCCAUUAUAAGUUACAUAGAAAGUUAAAUUAUUGUUGUACAUUUUUUUAAAAAUACUUCAAGUGUCCUGUGAUGGAAUCGCCAGCAAUUAAUAUCGAGUCUAUGGAACCUAUGCUGAGUGAAAAACAAGGAUGGAUUAAUAACAGAAAUCCUGACCGGAAUCCUACUUUGCGAUCCAUAGCGAUCACACCCAAACAAGAUUCCAUGUCUCUAAUAAAACGUAAAAACUUUAGGAGACUGGUUACCAAAUCGGGAGAAUCCAACAUCAGCAAUGGCAGAGUUACCGGACCUGGAACUGGAACUUUUGUGGGCAUUUUCACUUGGCUCGUCGAUUCCAAGUGGCGGUGGACGGGCUUGAUUUUUUUCGCUAGCUUCUACAUCACAUGGACACUCUUUGCUGUUCUGUUUUGGUUGAUUUGCUAUUCACACGGAGAUUUUGAAAUGCAAGAUCAAGGUGUUGAAGGGGAGGGCAUUAACAAUGGGAGUGUCCCCUGCAUAGAAAACAUCAGAGAUUUCACAUCGAUAUUUCUUUUCAGUCUGGAAAUUCAAACGACCAUCGGAUUUGGCUUUUCCCGAGUCACCGAACAGUGUGGUGCUGCUAUCUUUACGCUAACUGUUCAAGCCAUUUUAGGAGCCAUAAUCGAGGCCUUCCUCGUGGGAGUGGUAUUUGCUAAAUUGGUACGAACGAAACAAAGAGCUCAAGCCAUUGCAUUCAGUCAGUUCGCCAUAAUUUGUCAACAAGACGGACAACUUUCCCUGAUGUUUAGAAUAGCCGACAGACACACUUCACGUAUUAUUGGGGCCCGAAUCAGGGCCACUCUAGUAAGUCAGACUCGGACAACUAGAGAGGGACACGUUGUGACUUUAGAUCAGCAGCCACUUCGCGUUCAUCCCUCUGGAGAAGAUUCCGACUUGCUUUUGCUCUGGCCGACCACAAUAGUUCAUUCAAUCACGGUCGAAUCUCCUUUGUAUGGGAUGAACGAAGCUGAUAUCACGCAAGCUGCAUUCGAAAUCAUAGUCACCCUGGAAGGCACUACGUCGUCGACGGACAUGUCAACACAAGCCAUGACCUCUUACUUGCCAACCGAGAUUCUCUGGGGAUAUCGAUUCGACGAUAUGAUUGGCGCAAAAUCAGACAACGGCCGACCCACAGUUGAUCACAGUCUAAUGGACAAUAUCUAUCCAGUCGCAACAGUUAGAACGCCGGAAGACGACGGAAGCGAGGAAUUCAUCCCUGACUAAUGUGAAAAUUUUCUUUUAAAUGUUAGAAGAAUUUUUCAUUAAUGCUAAGGAAAAAUUUUAAUAACGACUAAAAAAAUUUUAGUUUCCAAAUACAUUGUAUUUUCUACCUUG